AUGUUAAAAGCACUCUCUACAUUCUAUCUAAAUCGACAGACACCCAUUGCCCAAUUUGCUAAGUAAAUCACAUUUGAAAAAUGGAAUGUAAUCAAAGGAGACAAGGUCGUUGUUGUCUCAGGGAAGGAUUCUGGAAAAACAGGAACUAUUUUGAGAGUUUAUCGUAAAUCAAAUGAAGUCCUUGUCCAAGGAAUCAACUAAAAAUUCAAAAGAAAGGCCUAACUAGAUGAUCCCUCAGGAUCUGGUAUUCAAUAAAUCACUAGACCCAUUCAUCUAAGUAAAAUAGCACUCAUCGAUCCUGAAAAAGGCAAACCAACCAAAGUUCAAAGAGGGUUUUUGGAGGAUGGUACACCUGUGAGAGUAUCAAAAUUGAGUGGAGCAAUCAUCCCAAAGGCUUUGGAUCCUGCCAAGUCCCCUGCACAUAGACACAGGAAUAAAGUGGAUGGCAUCAAGGAUACAUCUCCUGCCCUUGCCUUAUAAGUCACUUAUAAAGGAGAAGACUUUUCUGCAAUUAAAGCUGAAUUUGAAUCGUUCAUUGCUGAGAAAGAGAGAAAGGAGCAAUUAUUAUGGUUUGAUAAGUGA